AUGCCCGUCGUCGAGUGCACGAUCUGCUGCAUGGACAGCACCGACAUGCCCGACACGCCGUUUGUGCGGUGCCCGUUCUGCCUGCUACACGAGUGUAGCCUCUGCAUGGUGCGGAACGCGGCCACCUCCAGCAAGUCGGGCCCGACGUGCAUGUCGUGCAAUGAGCGCUACACCACCGCCAUGACCCGGGGGCUGCCGGAGCCGGUGCGGGCCAAGUACUCCGCGUGGGGGGACCGGUUCCUGCUGCAGCUCGACGAGCCCAACCGGAACGCAGAGCCCCUUGUCAACGUUGCGACCAUCAUACGCGGGGCUGUGCACGAUAUGGGAGUGGCUCCACAGCUUGCCCGGGGGCUUGUGAAGAAGCGGCGGUCCGAGAUGGACACCACGGACAUGUGCGUGGCGGCCAUGGGGCCGAAGGCGGUGCCGGUGGCGUGGAAGAACGGCAAGUUCGACCUUGCACUGGUGCCGGUCAAGGUCAUUCUAAAGUAUAUUAACGCGCUGCUUCGGGAGAACGUGGUGGAGGCCGAGCCGGACGCGCAGCCGGUGAAGAAGGCUCUCGUUGGGUGUGGGACGCCAAGGUGCAGAGGCAAGCUGGGGGAGUCGGGGCUGUGCGUGGACUGUCGCAAGGGCUACUGCCCCUGCUGCAUGAAGGACCUGGGGGUCGAGGGCGCCAGCUCGUACAGCGCGGAGAUGCGGAUGAUCAACCUCAAUGCCCUGGCCAUGGAGCUUCUGGACAGCCACGUGUGCGACAGGGACGAGCUGGCGACGGUGACGCACCUGCGAUCGACGACGACAGCGUGUCCCAACCGGAACUGUGGCGCCCUUAUCAACAAGGUUGCGGGCUGCGACCAGAUGUUCUGCACAAUGCAAGAUUGCCGAACGCUGUUCUCGUACGCUACCGGGAAGCGGAUUACGAGCGGGUUUGUGCACAACCCGCACUACGCCGAGUACCUGCGCAAGGGAGGUGCGCGGAUUGUGCUUGGGGGUGACGGGGACGUGGACGUGGAGCAGGGCCUAGGGGGAGGCGGAGGUGGAGGAGCUGCGCUGGACGGCGAGUGCAUGGGGUUUGGGGAGGCGAGCGAGCGGGUGAUCCGGGACCCCGGCAACCCCGUGAUUGAGAAGUUUGUGCUGUACCUGGUCCAGGUACGCGACAUGGACCUGCCGAAGCUGCGGGACUACGAGAGCCGGGUCUCUCCGCAGAACACUGUGCGCUUCCUGUGCCACCACCUCGGAGAGGUCGCCAACACUAGGAUGCUCCGGACCACGAGUGACAAGAUGGCGGUCGCGGCGUGCCUGUACACGGCGGUGCUGCAGUACACGGACGUGGGCGUGGCGCUGCUGCUGGAGCUGAGCGAGAAGAGGGCGACGGCGGCCGAGUCCCGGGCGGCCAUUGACAAGCUGACAAAGAUGGUGGCACAGACGACGAUGUCGGCGAUCGAGAGCCUGACGGGCCGACGCGUGCCGGUAACGGUGGAGCCCGGGAAGAUGGUGCUCCCGCUGGCGGGGAUUGUGAUGAGCCGAGUGGACAUGGGGCUCUAG